AAGUGCAUCUUUAGCGCACACACAUACGCACGCACUGGGGAAGAAAAAACGAUGUGAUCUCGCAGCGACGACGAAGCAGCGGAGUAGACUCGUUCAAAUUCGACGACAUAGUUCCCGUUUUUUUCUUUUGCGUCCCGCGCCGCUUCCGACGGAUGCUGUGAAGUGUUUUUUUACAGUUCUAAUUGAAGGUUAGUGUGUGCAAGGUGCGUGGACGACGGUGCGUACGGCCGAACAAAUGGGAUUUGUGUAUUAGCGGUGUUCCCAUGCUCCGUAUGGACGGCACAUAGUGCGUACGAGCGAGCGCGCGCGCGUAUGUGUGUGUGUGUGUGUGGUGUCGCGUUUUUCAUUAGCGGAAGGAAAAAAGAGGACAGAGCUGCUGUGACGACAGGGGAGGCAGCACACUAGAUUGAAGCAGAGGAGCCAUCGCGCACACCAUCACGUUGUGUUCUGAGUAGGGUUGCUGCUUGGUGCUGCUGCGUGUGGCCAGACGAGAAGACGAGUAAAAUAGGCAACCAAACUCGUCGGCAGUAGGCGAAACCGCGAACCUGGUGCAGCACCGCCGAGUUCCAUGUAGCGAAAUCGGUCAAGCCUCUUCUUUUUAUUUGCUACACACCCUCAUUCCCGUGCCCCAAGUAAUUAUUUCGCUCCGUAAAAGUGUGGUUGAGUGCGAGCCGUUCCUCCCAUGUGUGAAUUCCUUGCACCCGUCUUGAGUGUUCGUAAGAGGUUGUUGGUAAUGGUGGUGGUGGCGGCGGCGGUGGUGGAUUUGUGUGUGUUUUUGUGAAAGUUCUAAAAAAUGCGUAUUCUGUAGGACCAACUUUGCCGACGGCUAUCCAACGACAAGGAAAGGUGGACGCGGAAAGAGAAGCGACGCAGCGAGCGGCAGUGUGUGCGAGAGUGAGAAAGAAAUAGUGCGAAGUAGACAAGCAAGGAGUGUGUACGCGUGGGAAAGAGAGCGAUGCGUUGCAAUAAUACACGGGUGCGGAUCAAGAUGGAAGAUUGUUUGUGCAAUUGAAGCACCAGCAGCCAAUGUGUGUAUAAGUGCAUGUGUGUACGCGCGCGCGUGUGUGUGUGUGUUUAAGUGUACAUGCGUGUGUGUGUGUAUGCGUGUGUUUCGGUGCGUUUGACAUCGAACAAAAAAAAGUGCAUCGAAAAAUCGCAGCAGCAUCUUCUUCGUAGAAAACGCAGCAGGGAGAGCGCGCGCCCUCCUCCUCGUUUGGAUGAGGACCAGUGUGGUGGGGAUAGUGGGAAGCAAAGUAGAGAAGGAGGGAAAGAAAGCAGCCCGUUCCUCCCGCGAUCGUUGCUGCAUCGUUCGGCGGUCGACAUCAUAAAAGAGCGACGAAAAAAAAAAGGUCGUGAAAAGUACCUUCUCGCCCAUUGCCAUCGCUUUGCCACCCUCGAAGCGGGGGUUUGUAAUUGUGUCGCGAAGUAGUAGCAGCAGUCGUUGCGGUUGGAAACGGCGGCAUAUGGCAGCCAUCAAUCCCUAUUGAUUGUGCAUAACACGCUGCCGUUCGAUCGUUCCACAAUAAAACACACCAACAAAAAACGAUGGCAUAAUGCAUCCCGAGGAGCUGAAAUCGAAAGCAUUCGUACUGGAACCUCAGGUGCAGCAGGACAGCGGUUUUGUGGGAACGGGACAGGUGCCACCGCAGUAUCUCCAGCAGCAGCAACUGUUCCAGCAACAGCAGCAGCAGCAGGUCUUUCAGGAACAACAGCAUCUCUUACCGCAGUAUCACCAGCAGCAGCACUACCAUCAUCAACAACAGCAGCAGCAGCAGCAGCAGCAGCAACAACAGCAGCAGCAACAACAACAACAGUAUCAACAACAGCAGCAACAUUUCACCCGACAGGCGGCCACAUCCUGCAUGCAGGACAAGUACAGCGGUGGCAACGCACUACGUGGACAGCUCCCAAUGGAAUGGGGCGAUAGUCUGGCAACGGAUCGCGUCAUUGCCGGCGGUGGUGCUGGAGUCACGUCCGGUUCGUCGAUGACACCCGGCCUGGGCCAUCAUCAUCACGGCACACAGAAUACGUUGCAGGGCUCGGCGGACGUUGUGGUCGGCCCGAAUGCGUUUGUCACGCACGGCUACGGGAAUGAGACGACAUCGCAGACCCAUCAGCGCCGGAUGAUGAAUACGUCGGUCGGAGUAAAUCAGUAUGCGGGGAACCGCGGUGUAGAUACAUCGGCGGGCACUUCCGGGGCUUCCUACUUUCACGAUCAGCUCGGUACGCAUGCCCAGUCUGUGGUGGGUUCGGCAGCGAUGGGACACUUUGUCGGCGUUGAACCAACGAACACAGGAGCGUACGCAACGGGGGGUGUAGUGGCAGGCGGGAUAGUACCGGGCGGAGGACGUACCGUCGGUCCAAUGGUAGCGAGCCCAAAUGCUGCCUCACCUCCGGGUGUACCGGGAAUGGGCGGUGGAAAUGCGUACGGUCACACGGCCGGCACUCCGACACAUGUGGCUUCUUAUAUGCAGCAAGGCUCGCCCAGUGCCAUGCAGCGAAUGAAUGACAUGAGCGCAAUGCAAUCGCCCGUCGGUUCUGCCGGAUCGAUCGUUACCCAGCAACAACAGCAACAGAUGGUACCGGAGCAUCGCCGAGCGCAGCUGCCGAUGCACUCAGACUUUUCUACCGGCGCCUCCCGAUCACCAUUCUCGGCUGCAGUUUCACUCCCGUCGUCUAGCCCGUGCAUGGUGGAUGCGACAGGAGCGGGCAGCCAAAUGGCUGCUUGCUCGAAGGCUUCCGAUAUGGUCAUGAACAAUGAUCCGCUAAAGGUGGUUAACCAGAUGCCGGUAAUUACUCAGCAACAGCAGCAGCAGUCACGAGCAUCACAAAUGUUCGGUGGCCUACAGGGUGCUGGUCCGAUGGAGGUUCCCUUGGAAUCGGAGUUCACCUUCCCUGGAGUCGAUCAAAGCACAGCGGACAACGUACAACAGCAGCAGCUACAACAGCAACAACAAUCCCUUUCCUUAAACCUGGGCGGCAAUAAUGGGCCUGCAUCGGUCGUAACCCGGACGGAUCCUCCGAACGAACGUAUCACGCGCUCUGCUACGGCGCACAACCGUGCUGCAGCUCGUCUGGCGGAGGAAGUCUCCGAAGAUUCCGAAGCCCUUGAAGAGGUGGUCCCGGCAGAUCCGCUUGCUACCAACGAAUUGAAUGCAGUGCUGCAAGCCAGCACCGCGCCAAAGUCGAACUGCAUGCUCCCACAGACUAGUGGUGUCGUCAGCGAAGGCCAGUUGACACCAGCGAUGGUUCUCUCGCAAACGUCCGAUCAACCACGGAAACGUUCCGUAAAGCACGUGCGCUUCAUGGAACCGAACGAGGAGAACUCGUUCGAUGGCAUGCAGCCGGCCCGUAUGGUUUCGCCUCACCCACUCGGUCUCGGCCACCGAGACGACGAAGAGGGUGACGAGGACGAGGACGAGGAUGACGAUAUCGAUGGUUUAUCGCUGAUGCAGAACCUCCCGCCGGUGGAGAGCUUGCUGGUGGAGAUGGACGAACGGCUGGACGAGGAUGACAACGAUGACGAGGAGGUGGAGAUGGAAGACGACGAUGACAAUGGGGGCAGACGGCGAACGUCGGGGCGCAGCAGGCGGGACCAACUUUCGAUGCACCGUUCCCGCUCGAAGCACAGCGAAUCGAUCGAGCUCGAGCUGGAACCGCUGCUGCCAGAGAUUGAGAUGGGCGAGGGCGGCAGUGGCGGAGGCGAUGAAAAGAGCGAUGACAAUCGGAUCGCACCGGUAGCGCACGUCUGUCGGGUGUGUCUCUGCGACGAGAAGGGAGCGGGCGCGGAUGGAGAGCAGCGGUCGAUGGAAUCGCUGUACUGCACGGUGGUGCCGGAGUACCAAUCGCGCAGCCUGUAUUCGAUUCUGGUCGCCGUCUGUCAUCCGCUGCAUCUCGGCAGCAAUGCCGGCAUGCCGGAUCGGAUAUGUGGCCCCUGCAAGACGAAGCUGCUGGCCGCGUAUGAGCUGUACGAUAUGUGCCUGCGGAACGAUGAGAUGCUGCGCCGGAAGUAUCAGGAGAAGUUGCUGCUUGCGUCCAGUGCCGCCGGCGGUGGUGGCGAAAUGCGGCGCAUCAAGAAGGAAAAGCUGGACAACAACGGCGUGGAUGCGCUCGGCGAUGACGAUGACGACGACUUUUACCGUGGAGGCAUCUCUAAGCGUGGGUCAAUGCAAAUGAACGAUCAUGACGACUCGUAUCUAUACGAUCGCCAAUAUCCGCUGCAUGCGGCCAGCACCGCGCGCCGGAACUCCACCAUCGCAGCCUUGCAAUCGCGGUACCACCAGCAGCAGCAGCAGCAGCAGCCGCAGCAAACGCCUGGCAAGUGGGGCAAAUAUCAUCGGCAGUCGCAGCUACCGAGCCAUCUGCGCAUACAUCAAGUGGCAAAUGGGCCGGAAGCGUUGCGCCAACUGCACGACGGCAGAGCAAAGCAGUCGACCGGUGGGCAGGCCGCUCGUUCGCCCGCAGCCUUCGACUACAACUCAUUCCACAGAGUACUGCCAAGCGGGAGCCACCAGUGUACGAAGUGCUUCCGCGAGUUCAAAUACCACAGCUACUACAAGAAUCACUACAUCAGCCAGCACGAUCCUAGCAAACCGUUCAAGUGCCGCAAAUGCCACUACACCUUCCUCACCCAGCGGUGGCUGAUCGUGCACAUGCGCACCCACAUCGACGUGAUGUCGGUAAACAGCGUCGGGUCGGUGGGAACGGAUUCCGGCACGAUGAAUGCGUUCGAUUCGGACCAGCGCAAGGGUGCACGAGGGUACGAGUGCUACUACUGUGACAUGACGUUCCCGGCCGUAACGCUGCAGAAGCGUCACAUGCUGGCGGUACAUGCGGACAAACACCGCGGUCUGGAAUGUCCGAUUUGUCAGUGUCGGUUCGCGAACCAGUCCAGCUUCCUGCUGCAUUUGCAAGAACACAAAGAUCAGAAGCGAAUGCGCAAUGCCGUGAAACAGGAGGAUAAUGGUAAUAGCGCAGCAACGCAAGCGAAGGGAGACGACUCCGGAAGGAGUGGUGGUGCUGCUGCUGGUGUGCAGAUUAAGCGGGAGCACAUUUGCACCGUUUGCACCGCCUCGUUCGCACGUGAGGUUUUGCUGAACGAGCAUUUGCGGGAGCAGCAUCCGGAAGCGUUCCUGGCACAGCAUACGGAGCUGGCGUUCAUGUGUGGCGUUUGUUUGAUGGAGUUUAACGAUCGCGCUGCCCUGGAAAGCCACACCACCACAUCGCACAGUGAGGCCGAACUGGCGGAAGCAGCUCGAACGAAGGAUAAACCGUCGGAGGAACCAACACAAGCGGAGGAAGGUAAUGAAAAUGGAUCGGUGAACAAUAUCAAGAAGGAGAAAGAUAACGACACGGACGAACCGGGAGAUGGUGGGGUGGAUUCGAAAAAGCAGGAUUCGAACGACAAAACCAGCGAAGCACCGGAAGGGUGUUCGGUGGUGUACAGGUGUAAGCUUUGUCAGGCGCGUUUUGUAACGAAAAGUUCGCUGGCCACACAUCUGGAUACGCACGUGGCAGAGAUGAAGCGAGCGGCCAGCAAACGACCGUACAGCGACGCGAUGGAUAAUGAUGGGGCGGAUGUGGCGGACAGUGUGGGCGAUGAUGAUGACUAUAGCGGCGAGGAAGAUGACGAUGAUGAAGAUGAUGAUGCAGCAGCAGCCGAAAAGCGGCAGAAGCGCUCCAAGGGCCAAGACGAAGAUGAUGAUGCGACGGAAGAAAUGCCCAUCGAUCCGGACGAGAUUUCGUUCAAUCCGGACACGGGCGAGCAGAUCUUUACGUGCCAGGUGUGCGGCAAGGUCAUUAACACGGUGUCCCAGUUCCGGAGGCAUAAGCGCGUCCAUUCGCCCAAGGGACGGCCCUUCGAGUGUCACAUCUGCUUCUAUCGAUUCGCCAUGAAGUACAGCUACACGGCGCACAUGCUGCGCCACGAGCUCGGUUGCAAUCCAACGCAGCCCACCACCUACCGUUGCACGAAAUGCUCGGAAACGUUCACCCGCCGAAAGUUGCUCAGCCAGCAUAUAGCGGCCAUGCACGGCCGUUGGUCGGGAGCCUCGGGCAGUCCGAUGUACAGCCCGGGCUACAGUGCGAGUACGUCCAACCAUGGGGCAAAUGUGUCGGCGCGGGCCGCAAUGGGACAGAUGGCGGGUGGCAGUUCGUCGGGCAUGGCUAGCAGCAGCAGCAGCAGGGGCGGUACGCACACUUGCCCGAUCUGUUCGGAGUCGUUCACGCGCGAAAGUGUGCUGAACGGUCACAUGAAAACGCACACGCUCGAGGCGGCCCAGAUGCAGCACUCGGAGGUGUGCUACCUGUGCCGGGUGUGCAGCAACGAGUUUGAAUCUCGCGAACUUUAUGAAGCGCAUGCAACGGAAGCCCAUCCCGGUACGAAGACGGAUCUGGUCGAGUCGGGUGUUGCAUCGGAUGAACCGGAUGAAAAUGCUGACCAACAAACGGUGGCGGCUGCUGCUGGUGCUGCUGCUGCUACAUCGGCGGAGGACGGUGGUGCGGACGAUUCGGUAAAAAAUCAAGCACGCACCGGCAAAGUUGAACCUGGUGAGAACGAUGAGGCAGCUCCUGAGCGCGAGGAGGAUGACGACGAGGAUAAGAAAAACAGUUCCAACAGCGGUGGAUUCACCCUUAUCUUCAAAUGCAAACUGUGCUCGGGGCGAUUCCUGAAGAAAAAGUCUCUCGAUUGGCAUCUGCAGACACAUCGAUCGAUUGCGAAGCAGGGCGACGGUGUGGCCAUUCUUCCAGACAUCGGACCAGACGCGAUAGCCGACCAGCCGAAGAUGAGCAAGUGCACGAUAUGCGGACAGAUAUUCGAUAACGAGAUGUUGUUCCACGAGCAUAUGCGUUCGCACCAGCGAGGCCCGCGCUCCAUACCUAUGGGAUACGCGUCGCAAUCACCACCAACGCGACGCAGGCGUACAGGCGGACGUAGCAUUAUCCAGUGCGAACUGUGCAAGAAAACGUUCAUGUAUCGCAGUCAGCUGCAUCAGCACACGAUGCUGCACCAUCAGCCGGGCAAGCCGUACGAGUGCAAGGUGUGCCACUACAGCUUCGUCCACAAACUGAACCUGAAGCGGCACGAGCUAACGCAUCUGCGAGAGCCACCGCGACCUCAAAUGAACGCCGUGGGUGGUGGUGGUGGUGGUUCGUCGUCGAUGCUCGAUCAGGAGCACGAUCAGGAUGAUCAGCUGGACAAUUCGCAUCUGUUGCAGCCUCUAGUGCUGAUGGAUGGUCCUGAUGAUGAUGCGAACGGAAGCGGCCGGCAAACGAACCAGGGCGACGGGGGCGAUGGCAAUGGCGAUCAUCUGACAGGCGCGGGCACCGACGGUACCGGGGCAGGUGGACGUAACUGGGCACAGAAAAAGUUCAAGUGCGUCGUUUGCUCGCUAGUGUUUACCCGACAGGACGAACUCGUUGUGCAUCUGCAGACGCACAUCGAGCGCAUUAACGAGGCCAAGAGUCGCACGGCGGCGGCCGCGUCAGCCACGGCGGACACAGGAAUCGCACCCACCGAUCGACAGUGCAAGCUGUGUCACAAGGUGUUCAAGUUCAGCUGUCAGCUGAAGCAACACCAUCUGCUGCACCAUGCACGCGAAAAACCGUUCGAAUGCCGUACCUGCCAUUAUCGGUUCGAGUUCAAGGGCCACCUGGUGCGACACCGGGCCAAUCACCAUCCGAACGAGGCGAAGGACGAUCCCUCGCUGGAGAUGGGAGGCGGCGCCUUCAUGACGUCCACUCCGAUCCGUGGCGCGUCCGGUCGUGGUGGCAGUUUUGGGGAAAGCAGCAGUCAAAGUGUGCCAAAGUAUGGCGGCCUGGUAACGGACGAUGUGAUUAUCGCGCCGACAACCUCAUCCCCAAGGUCGGAAAGUGGGUCGGCCGGUGUGCCAACGCACCAGUGCCCAAUGUGCUCGCUCAAGUUCAUCAAGGCACGGUCGCUGGCAAUGCACAUGCGGAUCCAUCUUGGUGGUCGAAAGUUGCGCCGUGUCAUACCGGCCUCUACCGCGGCCCCAUCGUCUCCGGCUGAAUCGCAGAGCGGAGGCCCAACCGGGUCCGACAAGCCUGUGUGCCGGAUCUGUGCCGGAACUUUCCCGACGGCACACGAGCUGAAGACGCACAUGAUGACGCAUAUCGGAAGCGAAGCGAUGGAUUUGGAGGUUCCGUUCGGUAUCAGUGCGUUCAACAUGCUGCACGAGAACAUGUUCAACGAUUCGAUGGGCGGCGGGGGGGAAGGUGGAACGUCCGGGGCUGGUGGGCCAAUGAGUCUGGAGGACCCCAGCAGUAUGGGUGGCGAUGGUGGUAACAACAGCAGGACAGAAGGUGGCAGCACCGAUGGCGACUAUAAUCAAGACGAUGGUGAAGAUGGCAGCGGUGGCGAUCCGUUGUUCGACAGUUCCAACCUAGAGCUCGUACUGGAGGAUAAUAUUCUCGACAAAGAGUUCACCAUGCGGUAUCAGCAGCAGAAACGCCGAUCGGCAAAGUCCGGUCACAACAAUGGUGGAGAGGGCGGAGAAGACGAUGGUGAGGAGGAGGAGGACGACGACGAGAAUGAUGAAGACAUUACGGACACGAACGAUGGCGGUGCCGGUGAGGAGGAGGAUGACGACGACGAGGACGAGGACGAAGGCGAACAGUCGUCCGCAUCGACGAUGGCCAGCUUCCAGCGUAACAUGAAUCUGAUGGCGACGCACCGUUCGCGGCUUGCUGCGUCGGCCGCUCUAUCGGCCCGCCUGCAAGCCACACCGUCCGCGUCUUCCUCGCAAUCGUCGUCCUCGAACAAGGGCAAAAUCGUGUGCGAGCUGUGCAAGAAGGAGUUCCUCUACCCGUGCAACCUCAACCAGCACAAGCAGCUGCACCAUUCGAAGGAAAAGCCGCACGAGUGUCGUGUCUGCCAUUAUCGCUUCGAGUACGUCGGCCAUCUGCAGCGACACAUCCGGCAGCAGCACGAAUCGAUGGCCGAGGAACUGUUGGCGCCGGCGGAACCGCAAUCGUUCGAUUGUAACUUCUGCGGCGAGUCGUUUGAUACAAAGCCUCUGCUAACCGCGCACGUGCAAACAAUGCACAGAGGCGAGAAGCCGUUCCAGUGUGACAAGUGUCCGGCUACGUUUAGCUAUAAGAAAUCCUACGAAACUCACCGAGAAGAACAUUACUUGAAAGCCAGCAAUGGAGCCUUCAAGUGCAGUUUCUGCAAGAAAACUUUCAACAGCGCACAAAAAGUAGACAACCAUGUUUGCAUUCAAUAGUGACACCGGAAAAUAGAACACCACUCUACAAAGUAAUUAUUAUACUGAAGCAAUGCUAACAAUUUACGCUAAAGCCUGCAGGAACGCCGAUUGGGGGUGAAGCGGGAUAACAAACUACACACUACAAAAUAUAGCAGCUAUAAUGUAUCUUUUUACACACAAACACACAUAUAUAUAUAUAUAUACAUAUAUACAUACUCAACACAUAUGCGCCGAAGCAGUGUAAGGUUAGUCGUAGUGAGAAAGAGCAUAGUAUUGUAUAAGCAAAACCAGGAUAGGAAAGUCUAUAUAUAUACAUACAUAUAUAUAUUUAGUCUAUAUAUAUAUAUAUACUUAUACAUAGUAGCAAAGCAAACAAAACAAAACAUACAGUAAUAACAUUUGCAGGAAUAUAAAUCGCCUAUAUAAAGCCCGCAAUAGGGGAAGGGAAGUGCGUGUAGUUUGUAAGGAAACAAAUCAAAACAACACAUUUAACAAAAAGAAAACAAAACCGAUAAACAACAAAACCACACAAAACUCAGAGAUGUAGAAAGGAACGAAAACAACAAAACAGUGCAGUUGAUAGAUCGUGUAUUUGAUAAUGAGCCAGCCUCCCCCUUCAAUCUCCCCGAGUAUCAGAUAAACACAUUUGAAAUGAAAAUAUGGCGUAAAGUGCCGAAGAGAGAUAGAGAGAUAGAGAGAGAGAGCGAGCAAAACAAACAACACAAGAAGCAAGGUUCAGUAGUUCAAAUUGUAUAAGCAUAUUCCUACUUAUAAUUGUAAUGUUAUGCAGUGCAGUCUAUAUCGUGGCUCGUGGCCACUCGAAGCGUCACAACACAACACAACACAACACACACACAUCACAGAAUAGAGAUAGAGCGUAACAUGGAAGAAUAAUUAGUAUGUAAGUGCAACUCCAUCAGUAUGUGCAUAUAGUCCACACAAACACUCACAACACACAUACAUACACAACACUCAUAAGCAACAACAGCAGUAACAAAAGCUUCUAUAACCUGGGCAUCCCGUGGGGCGGUCGGGUAAACGUAAGCAUGCAUUUGUUUUUGCGCGGUGUCACAGUAGGUAUAAUUUAACUUUAGUAAGAUAGGGCUUUAAAAAUCUGAGAAGACGAAAAAGAUGAGGUGGGAAAGGAAGCGAUUUCGAGUCGAUUUUUAGCUCAUACUUUGCAUCACACACGACCAUACUCUGAUUUUGUUUUGUUUUGUUUUGUUGCUACGCUUUGCGAAGCACAAUGAUGGUAGGACUGAAUGGAAAACAAAACACAGCAAAAUCGUUUCGUUUUCAACGGCCACUCAUUUUUACACUGUCGAGCGAUAGAAAGUUCUAGGUUAGCAGUACUACUUUUACAUCAUUUUCCAUUGGCCAUCGGCUCACGCGAAGUUGCAUUGUUUCGCGUGCGUCUUUUGAUCGGUGUGCGUUGGAUUGUAUUUUAUGCUUAUUUUACUUACUCAUUUUACCGUAACUUAUCAUUAUCAUCUUGUUUUAAUUUAAACACGAAGAAUACGAAACAACACAACAGCUCGUUUGUUCUUAUCAUCACCCAGUGUAGUGGUUAUUCUUAGUAGUAGAAGUGCUAGUAGAAGUGGCAGUGGGGCAGUAAUAAUUGCAGUACUACGCCAUGUUCACUCCACUCCACAUAUCCCGUGUCACGUGGGACAGUGAACAAAGCGGUGGGAGUAAUUGGAAAGUAUUUUUGUCGCUUUAUUUUACCCUAUUUUUGUACCAUGUUCAGACAUUUAUUACACUUGCUUUCACUUGCAGUCGGAUCGCUCACCGUUUGCUUCGAUCAUGAGCCGAUAUUCAUGAAUUUUCGAUGUGAAAAACCGAUCGUAGUGGCAUGCGAUUCGAUUGUCAUGUCUCGCAUUCGAUAGGGAAGGCACGCAAAUCGAAGUAUGCGGUGAGCGAUUCGAACUGCGUCUGGAAACAGGUGUAUGUUCGAUGUCCGCGUGUCCACGUGUGUCCUAUUGAUGAACCGUCGUUUUUUGUUUCGUAAUUGACGGCCAGCCGGACGUACGUUACAGGUGCAAUUAGCUAACUAACAGUUUUAAUGAUUUUAAUCAUGUAUUUCGUCCAAAAUCGAUAUGUAAAAAAGCAUACACAAACACACACUAUAAAAACAAAGCAAGCAAACUAAUGAUGCAAAAGAAAGGCAAAACCUAGCUAUAAUGGAAUAGAGAGCAUACUAAGUAAUAAUGAUGAUGAUGAUGAUGAUGAUCACACACAUCCUUAGGCCCCGUUUCAUGUGCGAUUAGUUUUUUUCUCCGUCACCGUCAUAACUAUUUAUACACACUCGAUACGGCGAUACACUACUCGGUUCAUCCUUACUAACAAAAAUCGUAACAUUAUGCACACGCCCCGGAUUGGUCAAUCAACAAAACCCAUAGAACGCAUGUCUUAUCAAGCGGUAAUCAGAAGCAGCAACAAGAGUAAAACAAAUUUCAUGAGCAUCAUUAAUUUAUUAUUAUAUUUAUUAUUGUACUUGUAAUAAAAUAUUUAAUCAAUACCCCACCCAAUAUUGCAAAAAUGCGCAAAACAAAAACAAAAAACACUUCAAGAGCAGUAGAAAAUAGACGAGAGGCGAUAGGGCGUUACAUGGUGUGUGGGGUGAGCGCCAGAUCGGAAAACAAAACAAAACAAAAACUCAUAAAAGAAACAGCAGUGAACAAAUUAUGAUCCAAACAAAGGUUAGAACAAAGUAGGAAUGUAAAGAAAAUGAUAGAAUGAGGAUGGAAGUUGUGGAAUGGGAAUUUAAAGUAAAAUAAACAUAAGAUUUAGAGAUUAAA